GAGCCCGUAACGACCAAUGAGGUCAGAGUUUGACCCGCCCAUCAAACCACGAUAGCCAAUCGCGGCGAGUCAUGGGCGGACUCUGGAAGCGCUGUUGUGUGCAUCCAACGUGGGACUACGGAGCGAUCGCCCAGAAAAAAAGGAAAAGUAACUCAAGAAAGGAAAAAACUCAUGGUGGUGGUACACGGUCGGAAGGAGGGGGGACUCUAUUUUGCUAUUAAUCGGAUCGUCGAGAUUUUGUGACCGCAGACUGCACCUGAUAAACUGUCGGCAACGGACUGUGUGUGUGUAUCAAAGUUGGAUUUAUUCGGCUGCAGCCGUGAAGCGCUCUCGGGAGAUUGGGACGAUAUGAAGCGCUCGGCUUGAGAGAGAGCAACGCUGGAGUUUGUCGGCACAGUUCCUGCGGGUCUUAACUUAUUUACUACACCUUCAACUUUGUAGUGGACAUUUUACAACACCGUCAGAAGUCACCGUGGAGCCGUUUUGCCAAGUUUUGAACCAUUUUUCUGUUGUUGUUGUUGUUGCUGCUGCUCCGUUGAUCAACAGUUAUUUUGAGAGCUAGUAUCCUGCUGGUGUCCUUUAACACUCUGCUGUUGCAUGUUUUCAAACAUGCCACCAAAAAGCUAUUUUCCUAUCGAGGAAUUAGUUUUUAGCAUUUUCUAAACACUCUCUGGCACCUUUUAAACUUACGUCCAGGGCCACGUACAAGUUCGCUUUAGCUACUUUUGAAUCUGUGAAUCACAGAUUUUUUUUUUUUUUUUUUUUAGCCCGCGUCGGACACCGAGGAGAAAGUUGGGACCGGGGAACUUGUGUGUGUGCUAAAUGACUGUUUCUGGGAUGGAAAACGUUUCGCGGGGACUCACUCGUUUGUACUAGCCUCUGUGUUACAAGAAGACACUCCAUGUGCUGUGAAAGGCUCCAGGUCUCUGCGAAGCUGCGUUAAUAUUCCGGUUUUGUGGGUACGAGGAGAGAGAGAGAGCUCAGCGGCCGCGCUAUUAAAACUGGAUACAAAAUGGCGGCGUCCCUGGGACGGCUUGGAUGUGUUUCUCGUUGUGUUUUUUAUUUAAUGUUGUCGCUCGAACUGUUUAUCACUUACGGAGUGAGUUCAGAUUUACCCUGUGCCCUGAACUGUACCUGCAACGGAGAUUCAGUGGACUGUAGCAACCUGGAGCUGACAGCUACGCCUCUGGACCUUCCCGUCCGGACUGUUUCCUUGAAUCUUGGCCACAACAAGCUGACCGCCAUCAACGCUGAAGCUUUUGACAACCUUCCCAACUUGAGAGAGCUGCGACUGGACCACAAUGAGCUGACCUCCAUACCAGAUUUAGGACAGGUUGCUUCCAAGAUUGUAUCUCUCUACCUACAUCAUAAUAAGAUCCGCAGUAUAGACGGCAGGCGGACCAGAGAGCUGGUUUCUGUGGAAACCCUGGACCUGAGCAAUAAUGACAUCACUGAGCUCAGAGGGCACUGCUUUCCUGCAGGCCUCCAAAUCAAAGACCUGUACCUGAGCAACAACAAGAUCAGCGCGUUGGAACUCGGUGCUCUGGACCAUCUGGGCUCAACUCUACAGGUCCUGAGACUGAGCCGAAAUCGCAUCAGCCAGAUCCCCGUGAAAGCCUUCCAACUCCCGAGGCUCACCCAGCUUGAGCUGAAUAGGAACCGUAUUCGUCAGGUGGAGGGUCUGACCUUCCAGGGUCUGUCCAGCCUGGAGGUCCUCAAGCUGCAAAGAAACAGCAUCAGCAAACUGACUGACGGGGCCUUCUGGGACCUGGCCAAGAUGAAAGUCCUUCACCUGGACUACAACAGCCUGACAGAGGUGAACAGUGGCUCCUUGUACGGCCUGACUGCCCUUCAGCAUUUAUUUCUCAGUAACAACUCUAUAGCCCGCAUCAACGCUGAUGGAUGGAAGUUCUGCCAAAAGCUGAGAGAACUGAAUCUGUCGUACAACAACUUGACUCGUCUGGAUGAAGGCAGCCUGGCUGUGCUGGGGGAUCUCCACACUCUACGUCUGGGCCACAACUCCAUCAGCCACAUCACCGAGGGAGCCUUCAGAGGCCUCAAGGCCGUACGCGUCCUGGAGCUGGACCAUAACGACAUCUCGGGCACAAUAGAGGACACCAAUGGGGCCUUCUCUGGAUUGGACAGCCUCAACAAGCUGACUCUGUUUGGAAACAAGAUCAAGUCGGUGGCCAAGAAAGCCUUCUCUGGCCUGGAGACCCUGGAACACCUGAACUUGGGAGACAACGCUAUUCGUUCCAUCCAGCCCGAUGCCUUCAGCAAAAUGAAGAACCUCAAAACACUGCUCAUUCAGAGCGACAGCUUCCUGUGUGACUGCCAGCUGCAAUGGCUGCCCGACUGGCUGGUGACACGUGGUUUGCAGGCCGCCGUCAAUGCCACCUGUGCCCACCCAGAGAGCCUUAAGGGGACUAGCAUCUUCCAGGCUCCAUCCAGCAGCUUUGUUUGUGACGACCUUCCAAAGCCCCAAAUCACCGUGCAGCCAGAAACUACGGUGACGGUCCUCGGCAGCGACGUGCAUCUCACCUGUACGGCCGCGAGCAGCAGCUCCUCCCCCAUGACCUUCGCGUGGCGUAAGGACCAGGAGCUGCUCCGCCACGCAGAGACGGAGAACUACGCCCACGUCCGCGCUCACCACCAAGGCACAACAUCCGACGCUCCCACGGCUGGAGGAGGGGUGAUGGAGUACACCACUAUCCUGCACCUGCGCCAUGUCACCUUCGCCCACGAGGGCCGCUACCAGUGCAUCAUCACCAACCACUUUGGCUCUACCUACUCCAGCAAGGCCCGCCUCAUCGUCAACGUUCUCCCAUCCUUCGUAAAGACUCCCAGGGACAGCACCAUCAGGACAGGCCACACCGCGAGGCUUGAGUGCGCCGCAGAGGGCCACCCGGCGCCGCAGAUCGCCUGGCAGAAGGACGGCGGCACGGAUUUCCCCGCUGCACGGGAGCGUCGUAUGCACGUCAUGCCCGAUGACGACGUGUUCUUCAUCAUGGACGUCAAGCCGGAGGACAUGGGCGUGUACAGCUGCACUGCCAAAAACACAGCGGGCACCGUCUCCGCCAACGCCACCCUCACAGUGCUGGAAACACCCCACCUGGCCCAGGACCUGGAAGACCGCAGCGUGGUGGUCGGGGACACCGUUGCCCUGCAGUGCAAGGCCCUCGGCAGCCCGCCGCCCCGCAUCACCUGGCUGCGCAACGACCAGCCGCUGCGACCCUCCGACAGACACCACUUCACCCCGGGGAACCAGCUUCUGGUCAUCGGCUCGGCCUCGCUGGAGGAUGCCGGACGCUACACCUGCCUCAUGUCCAACACCCUGGGAACAGAGCGCGCUCACAGCCAGCUUGUGGUGACCCGACGCCGCAGCCCCUGCAUACCGCAGGUGGGGCCGAGCACCGUCACGAUAGGGAUCAUAGUCAUCGCCGUGGUGACAAGCAUCGUGGUGACGUCGCUGGUGUGGGUGUGCAUCAUCUACCAGACGAGGAAGAAGAGCGAGGAGUGCAGCGUCACUAACACAGAUGAGACGAUAGUUCCUCCAGACGUGCCCAGCUACCUCUCCUCCCAGGGCACUCUGUCUGAGCGGCAGGACGUGUGCAUCCGCGUGGAGGCCGGCGGUGGACAUCAGCCCAACGGACACGUCGUAGAUGCCACAGGUUUCGACAGUGCAGUCGUGUGUACGGAUUGCAUGGAGAGCAGCAGCAGCUACUCCAAAGAUCCUGACUAUCUGACGCACGGGUACGGCCCUGGUGGAGGCAUGGAGUACCAACAACACUCUGCUCCCCCGCCCUACUCUCACGUUCACCCAGGGGAACAGCAUGAUGCGGGGUCACACUCGUCCCCGCUGUGCAACGGGACACCCAACGGAAUCCGAAAGGACAUUCAAGGAUUUCCAAAAAACCACAAUACGUUACAACCGAACCAACACGAUAGAAAAGCGGGCAGGGCGGGACAGACGCCGGCGUUCUCUCCAUCACAGGAAGACUCCUUCCACAAGCCGGUGAAGCUGGCCGGCGUGACGAGCCACGGCCACCUCGAGAGUGACUGUGAGCCUGAACUCAGGCAGACUCUGCUGUCCAACGGACACACCCUCAGAGCCUCUCAGAAUGAGAGCGCCCCCCUAAGGAGAGCCAGCGACUAGCAGGCGCUCCAUCCAGCCCAAAAUGCGUGAACCUUUUCUCUUUUUUUUUUGCACUGGGAAAUAAACUGCUACCUCAUAUCGAGGCGAUUGAUCCUGAGCCUCCUGGAUCUGGACUGCAAGGGAGCACCAGGAGGGGUGGGUGGGGGGAGGGCGGGUGGUGAAGGCAGGGGGCAUCCAGAGUGUGAAGGUGGAGCUUGUGUGGGUGACGUCCCAUCUGAGCGUAUCAGCUGUACAUAGUUAAAAACCUUCGUUUGGGAGGUGACCAAUAAAAUAAAUUCUAGCUCCAAAAAAUGUGACUUGCAUUUAAAGCAUGUAAAUGUAGGGAAUCUUGUACAGUAUAUGUAUGUGCAGGGGCAAAAAGAGAAAUAUACCUUUUGGACAUUUGACUGUACAUAAGAGUUUUCUUAUAUUAUAUAUUAUAUAACUUUUUCAAAAGAGUAUUUGAAUUUAUGUGCAUGACAAAGAAAGGAGUGAUGGUAUUUUUAUUUUUCUUCAGAAAAAAACAGCCUUUUUCAGCUUUUACCAACAUUCAGCUGCGGUGCCUUAUUGCAUGAUCAAAGAAAACUCAACUUGUAAUAGCAUAUAUCCAGAGACUUUUUGUGAGAGAUAACUGGUUCACUCUUUAUAGCAAACAAAAACAAAACACUUGAUUGCACUUGAAUGUUUUUUUUUUUGACAAACCAUGGCCUUACGGAAACACAGUUCACGUUCAUUGUUAUCGUAUGAAGGAAGAGCUUCGAUGUAAAUUAUUUUGGUACGUCAGAUGGUUCAAGCUGGUAUGUUGGCAGGCGGUCGGUUUAAGCACUUUUGAUAUUCACUUCACAAACGAGCAGAUUUGCAUACAUGAUAUCUGCAGGCAGGAAUGCAGGAACCUCCUCGGCGUGGGGAGACAUUCCGCUUGUUUCGACACGGUUAAGUCGACAGUACACACAUACUGUACCACUAAGGCUCUUCCACCUGUUUCACAAUGCUACAAGUUACUGCAAAGCUGCUCUGACUUAGCUGGGAGAAAAAUCUUCUUCUCUGGACUUUGAUCGGUUUCUUUAUUUGUCUGAGAAAGUGACUUUGGCACCAGUUCACAACCAAAUGUGGUUGGCUGACGGCUGUUUUUGUGAGCUGUAAAAGCCAGUAAUGAUUUCUCAGUGUGGACGCUGGGACACUGUUCUUGGUCAUAUUCAUGAUGAAAUCUAUCGCUGAGUGCACUUGGCUGAAUUAUAUCAUUCUCAUGCUCUGAAUUUAAGACGGAGAAUCAGGGAGAAUGAUGUCGUGUCAUGUCAUCGUGUUACUGCUGUAAUGUGCCUCAACAUCCACCGUUGUGCAUUCGCAGGCAAAUGGCCAGUAAUCUGCCUCCGUCACAUCACCACAGUGUAACAAUAACUUUCUGUUCAUCGCUACAGCUGAAUGUUUCGAGGUAACUAAAGGUGCGGUCUCAUGCUGUGAACUGUUGGGAAGCUUGUGAAAUGUGCUCUAACCGAACGUGGAGAGUUUAUUGCAGUCAGGACCGGAUACACUGGCUCAGAAAUCAGGCAAAGCAGUAGUUACAUUGUUAAAUGUAUGCAUGCGUUUCGCCACCAUGCUCUUGUCUGAACUGUGUUCUGUUACCAGUGGCCUUAUCAAGGUAAACUGGAGGACACGCUCCUCUGGUUACACCUGAUAGCACCUAUCAGAGAUGAUUUUACCACCAAGACCAAUCAGAGCUCCCCGAUGGGAAAACCAAUCCCAGUGGAGCAGGUAAAAGGGACAAGAGGGAGUGAGGAUGCAGUUCAUGUUCUGAGUAAUUUAUUGAAACAAACUGUCUGAAACCGUUGUACCAAUGUCAAAGCUGAAACAGUGAAGUGUCUAACAUGGCAUUGAAGUGUCUAAUAAAAUCCCAUUUUGCUAUUA